UCUCGCGCAGUCAGGGUGGCUGCUCUGCCUGCUGUUUUGCCCUCCUGAUCUCAGCUGGCGUUUGGGGAAUAUGGCUGCCAAUGAGACUCACCCUAUUCUGGAGAUUCUGCACUCUUUUGGCAUUGAGAGUUUGAUCCUGGCUUUCUGUCUCUCCAUGUUGGUGGGGCUCCUGAUUGGUGCGCUGAUCUUCAUCCUCCUCACAUGGCUGUCCAGACACAGAGCCUCAGCUGUGAUCACCAGACCCUCAAAGCGGAAAUCUAACACCUCCCGUGCUCGCAACCGAAUGGGUCUGUGCCGGAGUCAAGGCUUCCAACAUCUUGGAGACAGCAGCGCUGCCUCUGGUCACUUAAACGCCCGCCGACAGGCGUCUGUGGACACCGAUGAGUUGCUAGGCCGCAAAACGCCCUUCAAGGCUUCCACGUUCCACCCGCCAGGGAAGGGAGGGUCUCCCGUGGCCAGUAGUCCGCCAUCUUCCCCAUGCACUCUGGAGAUAGAGGCCCCUUCCUCCAGUGAGGGGAGCCUGCUUCCAAGCUCCGGGAACAAACGCCAAUCUUUCUGGCUUGGCAGCAAUGGGCUAAGAGGAUAUCUGCCUACCCAAACGCCCCCGCCUGCCUAUGACAGCGUCAUCCAUGCCUUCCAAGAGACCCAGACCUGAGU